AUGACAUUCAUAAGAGGCAUACGCUUUGUGGAUAGUUAUACCUCAAAACGGCUACAAGAUGAUUGGAAUCCAAUAUCUGGUUAUAAAGAUCGGGCUCUUAAGUCAUUAGAAGAAGCUGUAAAAAGUAUUGUUCCAUUCGUCGACAAAGUCGUGCAGUAUGUAGAGGAAGCUAAACAAAAAUGUAAAAAAAAUACAAAACUAACAACAAAUGAAUCGGCAUCAAUCUAUCUUUACACAAUGAUUACACCUUUCUAUGAGAAAUUUAACGAAGCUCUUCGAGACGAAAAUCCACCCGCGGUGGUACCAUGGUUUGAUUUUCUAAAACUGUUCACUACCGCUCUGUCGAAAUUACCGUCGCGUCCAACUACGGUCUGGCGAGGUGUUGCAAACAUUAGUGGCUCCGAUUACUAUGAAAAUGAUAUAUUCACUUGGUGGGGUGUAAGUUCAUGUUCGUUAGAUGCCAAUGUUGGUGCAUUCUUUAUAGGGGAGAAGGGCAUUUUGUUUUGCAUUAAUACUAUUAAUGGCAAAGAUAUUAGUGAUUACUCAUCAGCCGUGGACGGCGAGGCAUGGGAGAAGGAAAUCGUUCUUAUGCCUGGAACUCGUUUGUGCGUCAAAUCGAGAACGCUUAAUGAUAAAGGUUUAGACGUCGUUCAUUUGGAAGAAUGGUAA